ACUCCGUUGGUACAUCAGCUUCUAGAACAUCGUGUUGGAGGUAUCAAUAGAUUUAUUCCUACACGCUUGUCGAAUUUACAUUGAUAAGGUUAUGCUUAUGAAAAAGGAGGCAUGGAAAUUAAAGAAUCCACCGCUAACUCCAACCAAUCCGAUGGCGUGAGUGCAUCACUGGAAACGGAGCGCCAGACUUUGGAUCCUGUGAAUCUUCGACAAGGCUUUCUUACCAAUCAACGAAACCAUCAUGAAACCCGUGCUGCCGAUACAAACCUCUCCAACGCAAUUCAGAGUCUGGGAGCGGGUGCCUCCAUGUCCUAUCCAUCAAAAAGAAACGCACCGACUCUUCAUGAUGACGCUGAUAAAAUGUCCCAAAGGGAAACUCGCAGGCAGAAAAAAAACGACGCGCUUUCGUUAUUCAAAAUGGAAUGCCUGGCGGCAACGGCCUUCCUGUUAGGCUCCCCGCUCCAACGAGAUCAGCCUCACACGGGGGAGGCGGUGCAAUUCUCGAUGCGGCUUGCGUCCGAAUUACUCGCCCGUGAAAUUGAUCCCGAACGCGUUAUUGCUCUCAUUGAAUCCCACACUUCUCAAAUUGAUCCUUUACCAUAGAAGAUCACGCACAGGUGAUGUGAAUAGUGAACUAUAAUAAUCUAGCAGAUUUUAUGACGUACCUUAAACUUUCUUCAUUCUCCCCUCCCCCUGUGAAAAUUCAACUCCAUCGAAGUCCCGACCUAU